GGGAGGGGAGGCGUAGACAAACCUUAAGGAUAUUUUCUGUCUGAUAGAAGCUACAGUUGGAACUGGGGCCCCGCCGUGAAGUACAGCAGAGUAUAUAUGGCAAAAGCGUUUCCAUUUAGCGUCUCACUAUCCCUACCUUGCCCAACGGUCUAAAAUGUAAAUCUCAAAGGUCCGGCCCGAAUUCGGAAGCGAGAACGCUCCGCAUGUCCAUGUGAGCGGCUCGCGAGCGCGCCUCCGCCGUCCUCGUGCCGGUCUGACGCGCGCACCCCCGGAACUUGCGCGCGCCGCGUGCGGGCGGUUCACUCGCGCAUCGCCAUUCUGUCUCGGCGGAGCGGAGGAGGCGAAGCGCGCGCAUCUCGGGAAGCCACGGAACGGAACAUGGCGGAGCAGGAGCCCACCCCCGAGCAGCUGGCCGCCAUCGCUGCCGAGAACGAGGAGACGGACACAGUGAACUACCGUGCUCCGGCCCAGAAGAGCCUGCAGGAGAUCCAUGAGAUGGACAAGGAGGAUGAGAGCCUGCGCAAGUACAAGGAGGCCCUGCUGGGGUCGGUGUCCGUAUCCACGGACGCCACCGUGCCAAAUGUCCAGGUGACACAGCUAACUCUGGUGUGCGACGCGGCCCCGAGCUCCCUCUCCCUUGACCUGCAGGGAGACCUGGAGUCCUACAAGGCGCAGUGUUUCGUGCUGAAGGAGGGCGUGGAGUAUCGGAUAAAGAUCUGCUUUAAGGUGAACAGGGAGAUCGUCUCGGGCCUCAAGUACGUCCAGGAGACCUUCAGGAAGGGCGUGAAAAUUGAUAAGUCCGACUAUAUGGUGGGCAGUUACGGACCGCGGCCGAUGGAGUACGAGUUCCUAACCCCCCUGGAGGAGGCGCCCAAGGGCAUGCUGGCUCGCGGCGCCUACAACAUCAAGUCCAAGUUCACGGAUGACGACAAGCACGAUCACCUCUCCUGGGAGUGGAACCUCAACAUCAAGAAGGACUGGGAGGACUGAGCUGCCCUGCCCCCCCCCCAUCCCCCCCAUCACUCCAUUCUCAGUCAUCAGCAGCUACGCUGUAAAUUGCUCGGCGCUCUCCGCCUCGCAUCCGUUCGUUCCGUUGCGGUCCUUCCUCGAGUCCUUCCGUCCUCUCUUCGUCCGCUCGUCCCGGGUCUCCGCUGCUCAGACAUCCCAACUCCAUUAACCUUUCUCUGCUGUAACGAAAAAUAAACAAGCAAGCAAGCAAACGGCAUCCUAUGCAGCUCGGCAGACAGUAUGGGAAGGGAUAUAUGAAAACAAAUGAAAAGUGUCAGCUUGCAAAUUCGUGUUUGAGGCUGUUUAUACGUAAGAGUAAAAAAGAAAAAAAAAGAAUCCGAUAUCGAGUGCUUUGGUUUGGCUGUUAUUGGUCAUCUUUGUCUCCUUUGAACCCUGUGCCUGUCCCGCUCCUCUCUGCCUUCCUCUCCUUCUGCUCCGCCUGUCUUCCACUGCUGCAGCGCUUUGGGAACGACUGCACUGGACCUGACCUCCGGCCUCGCGGGCAGACUCCGUGCCCCGCGCUUCUGCGAGCCGAGCGGCCGAGCGAGGAGGCGCCGGUGGAGGGUGAGAAAGGGUUGCCCUCCUCCCUUCUCGCCGCCCUGUGCCUCCUGCCGGGAUGAGGAGAUCCCCCGUUACUGCGGAGCAUCAGCGUCCCGCCAAGUCACACUCUACCCGUGAUUUCAGUGACGAUGCUGCUCGCGUGUGAAGGUCUCAGUUUGGCUGUGUUUUUCCGUGCCACGCGUCUCACACACACACACACACACAGACACGCACACGCACACGUGUUCUUCCAUAAAAACAAAACAGAGCACUUGACGUUCUUCCUUGCCUUUUCAUUUCAUUUCAUGCAUUGCCAUGGAGUUGUUAAAUACAUUCAUUUCUCUUUUACCUAACAAGCCGUGUUACUGUUUUUGCCUUAUUUUUCUCACAAGUCAAACUUGUGGCGUAUGCGUGCGAGAGUGUGUGUGUGCGAGCGCAUCGCCAAUCCGCCCGAGCCGUGCGCCGUGUUACUGGGACGAGCUUUUGCCGCGAAACUUCUUGGCUCCGAGGCUACCGCGUAGCUGCGUUCGCUGCGUCCAGAUUCCCCAGCGGCCGCUUGUCCUCUUGCGUCGUUCCAGUGGGUCGGUGGGCAGCAGGGCAGCGGUAGGGUCUGCGCUUUGGGCUCAUUCACACGCAUUCUAAAGGUUUCCCAUGAGAGAAACAAGCGCUAGAACAUCUCCAAAGCGACACCAAAGUCGAGGAAAACGCUGCAAGGAGGCCUAGACGACAUUGUGGCCCCGACAAAGUCACAGCGUAAGGUGCGUGCCAAUGAGCGAAACGUCCAAGGCCUCGUUGAAAAAGUUCCGUUUCUUUAUUGUUGUAGGCUCACAUUCUCAGUCUUGGAGAAACUGAUUAAUUUUUCUACUCAUUUUUUUUCCCCAUGUGAUAUUUAGCUGUUUUUGUAACUCACAUUUUUUUUCCUUUGUGUUCUCUCACCUUGACAUUCCAUCUGUUCAGUAUUAAAUUGGCCACACUGGCAAGUGUA